UUUACAUAGUUAUAUAUUGUCUAUAUAAAUUUUGUUCAUCGUUGAUGUGGAGCAUUAAGUUUUGAAGACAUGGCUUCAAGUUUUCCUAUAUACGUUAUUUCAUCAAGCAUUGUACGACCCGAAAACGUACACCACUCGGGUCGUGAAAAGAUCCAUCUAACUCCUCAUGAUCUCGACCUUCUCUAUGUUUUCUAUCCUCAAAGAGGUCUCCUCUUCCCCAAACACAACAAAGAUAACCAAAUCAUCCCUCGAUUAAAGGCAUCUCUUUCGACCGCAUUAGAGAUAUAUUUCCCGUUGGCUGGUCGUCUCGUCAAAGUAAACAAUCACGAAGACAACACGCUGUCGGUGUACAUCGACUGUGACGGUUCAGGUGCCAAAUUUGUCCAUGCAAAAGCCGAAUCUGUCUCCGUGAAUGAUGUCCUUCAGUCGUGUGGCUCUGUUCCUGAUUUCAUAUCGCAUUUUUUCCCUGCAAACAACGUCGAAAGCCAUGACGCCCUUGUCUCGGAGCCCUUGCUUGCAUUGCAAGUCACCGAGAUGAAAAAUGGAGUCUUCAUCAGUUUUGGUUACAAUCACUUGGUGGCCGAUGGUUCUUCCUUCUGGAGUUUCUUCCACACUUGGUCCAAGAUUUGUCUUAACGGUUCGGUUUCUAAUAUUAAGCCUCUUGUUCUAAAAAAUUGGUUCCUUGACACGAUCGAUUACCCCGUACAUAUUCCGGUUUCGGAGAUGAAGACGCCACCACGUUGUAAAACUACAACCAAAGAGAGAAUUUUUCACUUCUCUAAAAAUAAAAUUCAAGAUCUCAAAGAGAAAGCCAACAACGAAAUUGGUACCAUUUUUCCGAAAAUCUCAUCUCUUCAAGCGGUUGUGGCAUAUCUAUGGCUAUCAAUCAUCAGCCACAGUGGUCUCAACCGAGAAGAAGAAACACAAUGCAAAGUAGCGGCGGAUAUGAGACAAAGGCUAAACCCUCCUCUCAAGAAAGAGUGCUUUGGGAAUGUAAUCGAUCUCGCGACAGCUACAACAACUGUGGGAGAGAUGCUGGAUCAUGGGCUAGGCUGGACUGCUUUGCAAAUAUGUCAAAAGGUGAGGUCAGUAACGAAUGAGAGUUAUAAAACUUCUGCAAAGAAUUGGACUAGAAAUGUUAAAAUACCAAAAAUAGGGGUUACAACUAGAUUGGCUGAUCAUUCUUUGGUCGUCGCAAGCUCUCCACGGUUUGACGUGUAUGAUCAUGAUUUCGGCUGGGGAAAACCAAUCGCGGCUUGAGCUGGACCGGGUAAUGGUAUUGGUGGCUUGCUCGUAGUGUUUCCGGGAGUUGAAGAGGGAAGUAUUGAUGUUCAUGCGACCUUAAGUUCUUCUUUAUGGUCCGAUGUACUUUUGAACCUAUUGACCAAAUGAUAUGAUUGGUGAAUAAGAUAAAUUUUGUUAAUUUGACAAAUUAAAGAACAAAUUAUUUUGAGCUUAAGUGAGAGUUGGUUAAGCUGGUUUAGAGUUGCAUCAAUUGGGGGAUGGUACUUAAGUUUAAUUACUAUUGUUAGACAUCUUUGGUUUAGA